UUCAAAAGAAUAUUCACUCUCUCUCUCCUCUUCAGAGGUUUUCUAUCAUGGAUUCGUACGUCAACAUGAACAACAAUGAUCAAAUUGUUUACAGAAACUCUUCAGUUAUCAGCCAACAUAGUCAGAUGAACGACGUGGAGCAAGAUAUAUGCUUUCCAUUGAAAAGAACAUCUACUACCGAUAUAGCUAAACAGCAGCAGGAGGUUUUCGCUGGUCAACGGGAUGGGACUAGUCAACAACAAAAAGAUAGAAAUAUCAUAGAUUUAAAUCAGAUUGACCUUUUUAAACAAGGCACAAACAAUGGAACUUUAUUAUUCACAACAAUGAAUACACCGAUACCAAGCAAUAAACAGCACUUCCAAAAGGGAAUACAGCUAAUGAAAGAGCAGCAGCAACCGAACAUGGGCACUACAACGAACGAUUCUAUCAGCACAAUAACAAGCAACUAUAACGCAUCAAACGAACGUGAUCGCUUUCAUUAUUAUCAUUUGGAUAUAGGGUUUGUUUCGAGUCCCUCUUUCUUAGGUCUCUGUACUGACAGUUUGAAUCUGCAAGAUUUAUUGAUCAAGGACAGCUAUUGGAUAGAUAUCACAUCGCCAUCCCAUGAAGAAAUGAAGUUACUGAGUAAAGUCUUCAACAUACAUCCUUUGACAACAGAAGAUAUCAUGUCGCGCGAAAUUAGAGAGAAAUGUGAUGUGUUUCGACAUUAUAUAUUUGUCUGUUACAGAGCCUUUAUUUAUCAUCAUCAACAGAAUCAACAAUUACUACAGCCAGUGACAUUUUACAACAUAAUAACACAAAAGUACAUAUUAACUUUUCAUUUCGGUAACGUACCUCAUAUAUACCAAGUUCAACAGCGAGUAAAGCAAUUGGAGAACUAUAUUGAAAUUAUACCUGAUUGGAUCAACUAUGCUGUUAUGGACGAGAUCACAGAUAGUUUUGCACCUCUAGUACAGCAAAUAGAAUCUGAAGUAGACGCUAUCGACGACCUGGUAUUACUGUAUAAAACAGAUCAGUCUGAUAUGAUUCUAAGGAUUGGAACCUGUCGAAAAAAGGUCAUUCAAAUGGUUCGAUUAUUAGGUACAAAAAUAGAAGUAGUGAGAGGCUUGAUCAAACGUAUAUCGGAUGAUAAUGCAAAUGGAGUAUUAUCGAGCACUAUAAGCACGGCUGCUUCAACUAUUUUUACAUCACCCAGUACGAGCAGCCAACAUCAAUCACCCACCGCUAUUGAUGAGAAAGUGCCCGUCCAUAACGAAAGAGCAGACGUUGCCAUUAAUGACGAAAAGAAAAUUUAUCCAGAUGUAGUCCUCUAUUUAGGAGAUGUGCAAGAUCAUAUAUUGACAAUGCUACAAAAUCUCAGUCAUUACGAGACUGUACUAUCAAGGUCAGAAUCAAACUAUCUGGCACGUAUUUCAAUCGAAUUGACACAAACUUCAAACUCUACGAAUCAUGUUAUUGGUCGAUUAACGAUAUUUGCAACUGUUCUAUUACCGAUGAAUUUGGUCACCGGUUUAUGGGGAAUGAAUGUGAAAGUACCGGGUAAAGAUUACGACAAUCUCAUCUAUUUCUUUUGGAUCGUUUUUAGUUUAGUUAUUUUCGCUAUCAUGUCAUUGACUGUAGCUAAAAAAAUAAAACUCAUCUAACAUUUGGGG